CGUCAAGGUACAUUUAAUGACCAAUCUUCCGUAUGACUGAUAUAACUCUCUCAUACGUCCUUACAGUCAUCUUUGACUAGUAAGGUCUAAUACUAAAAUAAAUUUUUUAUAUGGAAAUAUUGUACCUGCAGUGAUACUUCCCGUCCCGGUGGAUUAGAUUUCCUUUUAAAGUAGGUGCAAAUGUUUAAAAGUGUUACAAUUUUCCGUUCUUUUUCUUUCUAGACUUUCUUUUCUCCUUUUUUACACACACGCACACGCGCACAAAUUAUUCGAUGAACAGGAACAAUUUUAUUGCGAUAUACGACAAUACGCCUUCAGCCAAAUUUUUAUAUUUUUCUGAAAGCUUCACAGACUGUUGUGGUUGGGAACCGAACGAAUUGAUAGGAAAGGGUUCCUACAUGUACUUUCACCCUGAAGAUCAUAGCGCACUAAAAAGAUUCCAUUAUGCUAAUGUCGCUAAUCAGAAAAUGUCGAGUAUGAUAUCUCAUCGGUUUUUACAUAAAAAUGGCUCCUGGGUUCCCAUAGAUACCUUAGUUAGUUAUUGUUACGAUAUCUUGGUGACGACAACUUUUGUACUAGGUCCAGAAUCUAUGGAUCAUAGAAUGAGAGUCAACUCAGUAGACGAGUUUUUUAUUUGUAAACCGGACGGGUCGCUUCAGCUGUCUGGUGCAUGGAAUGACAAAGAAGAGAGAAUGAAGUUGACAAUGGAAGAUGGAGAGAAUUGGUCCAACAUUGUCACCAAUCACAAACCCGAAAAGAGAUUUUGUUUAAUCCUGAAUCGUUUUACGGAUGCACUCAAUAUUGCCUUUGCCUCAAGUAUGAUAGAAGAGCUCACAGGGACACCAAUUUCUGAUGCAUUUGGGAAAUCCAUUUUCGAAUUUAUCAGGGAAAGAGAUAUAUCUGCAUUUAUAACACAGAUUGACUUGACUAUUGAAAAUAACUUGGUAAUUCGAAUCAGGUUUGAUUGGAUAGUCAAUCAGCAACAAGAACUAUAUCAACCACUAGAAGCCAUAGCUAGCUGUACAGAUGAUGGAGUUGUACUCGUCAUUCGUCAAACACCGAAUUUUGACCUAGAUCAACAAGAAUAA